ACACAUCAAUUCACGCUCCACUUCAUCUUCAUCAUUCUCAGAAAAUUAAGAAAUCUUGAAACCUCAAAAUGGCCAACAGAUUGAACAUGUUGCCCGAAGACUGUGUUUCCACUAUUCUAUCUCUGACUUCUCCAGCAGAUGCAUGCCGAGUAAUACUUGCAUCUUCUUCAUUGAGAUCAACAGCUGAAUCAGACAUUGUUUGGGGCAGAUUCUUGCCAUCUGAUCUUGUUUAUAUUCUCUCAAGAACACACUCUCAAAUCAACUUCUCUUCUAUGAAAGAACUCUAUUUCCAGCUUUGUGAUUCCGUUCUCAUAGAUGCAGGAAGAAAGAGUUUUUCUUUGAGCAAAAUAAGUGGAAGAAAAAGCUUUGUUCUAUCCUCAAGAGCACUUUCCAUUUAUUUAAGCAAUGAACCAAACCACUGGACCUGGUCAACACAUUCUGCAUCGAGAUUUUCUGAGGUGAUAGAACUUAAAAGUAUAUCAAGUAUAGAUAUUGAAGGAAGAAUAAGCACCCAAGAUUUAUCUCCGAAUACCACAUACGGUGCCUAUCUAAUCAUUCAAGUUUCAGAUCGUGCAUUUGGGUUGGACUCUAUUGCAUCUGAGAUAUCAGUUUCCAUGAACGAAUGCUCAGUUUCCAACACUGCGUAUUUAUGCCCUCUAGAUGAAAGAAAACAACUGCUCGGAUCUUUGUUAUAUAUGAACCGGAGGCGAAUGAUGGAGAAGCUAGUGGUGGAAGGAGAUGGCCGACGUCCAAGCAAGAGAGAAGAUGGAUGGAUGGAAAUUGAACUUGGAGAAUUCUUUGUUGGAGAAGAAGGUGAGGAGGUGAUAAUGAAAUUAAUGGAAGUGAAGGGCUAUCAACUAAAGGGAGGACUUAUCAUUGAAGGAAUUGAAGUUAAGCCUAAAUGUUAACACCCAAGUUUUUUCAUAAUAUUUUCUAACAAUACGUAAAAAAUCGAUUUUUUAAAGAAUUCAAUUGUAAGUAGAAAGUAAUAAUUUUUUAUUAUUUUUUGAAGAUGUGAUAUUUUUUUAUGUAAGGAGAAACAAUGU